AUGUCGGCGAGACCUACCUUGAGGGUGUCGACACCCCUCACCGCAAACUUCCCCCACAUGCCGCCAUCUGCCUCGGAGCUCCGGUCUGCCGUAUCGCUACCGUCGGCCGUCUCUGCCAACACACCCUUGUCCGCCAUCUCGCGGACAUCGGCCUUUCGGGAUCCCAUCCCUUCCUCUGGACUGCCCUCCGCCGGGCUCCCUUCUGCCGGGCCCUUCAGCGCGACCAUCAAGCUGGAGCAUGAUCUCCUCAAGACCCCCAUUACGCCUCCUGUUGCCUACUUGGACUUCCUCAAGGGCAUGUCGUUAAUCUCGCCGUGUCUCGCUUCGCCACCGCAAACAGGGAAGGCGGUGUUGAACCGAACAAGCACAGUGAGCACCACCAGCAGCACAAGCAGCGCGCGCAGCAACGACAGCAGCGCGAGCAGCUCUUCCACCGAGACGGAGGACUCUGAGAAGGAGAAGGGCGACCAGAUCGAGAGCGCCCCGUCGACAGCCCGGUCCGAACUGAGCUGCGAGUGCAACGAGGUCGAGAAGGAGAAGGAGAAGACCAAGGGCUCCAAGCCUGCGCCAAUAGAUACAACAAAGAAGUCCACACCACCCCGCGGUGGUCCCAGCUGCCCCAUGUCCGCGCCACCUGCCGGGCCAACCGUAUUCCCUAGCAUGAAGCUGCCCGCCUCCCCCGCCGUCACCACAGCCGGGCUCUACUCCCCAAGGUCACCACUCAGCGCCGCAUCCAUCAGGUCGCCUUUUGAUUGGGAGGCGGCGCUCAAGUCCAGGCGAUUCGCCGAGACACCCGGCGGCUCAAAACGCCCUGCCGAGCCCGAGACACCCGGCCUCCGGGAGGCCACCGCCGGCACACCCUUAACACCAGGGCACGGCAAGCGGGAGUCGAGGUCCAGCGUACGGCAUAUCCGUGAGGUGGUCACCCGCACCGUGACCUACACCCCCAGGAUGGCGCCCGCGCCCAAGGGCAAGAGGAGAAAGAUCGACACCGACACGGCCGUCAAGUCAUGA